CUAGUUUUUUCGCCUGAUACAGCUGUAACUGUUUAUUUCUAUACGAUCGAUAUACAGCGAGUGAAAAAUACGAAUUAACUCUAAAGCAGAGGUUAUACAGGCUUAUCUACAUUACUGUAUAAGAUUUCAGAAGGUUUGGAAAUGGGGUCUGCAUUCCUGGAGGACCCGGGUGUAGAAGAGUUUAUGGGGUUUGAUUUGACGGCUUUGUCAGUGGAUGAGGCCUACCUCAACGUGGUGUCUGAGCAUGACACCGACCUUUACCUCUAUGCUCUCAACGGUGACUGUUACGGGUGUCCCUUACAGCCCGAGUUGUAUGUGACAGCAGGCGGCAGCAACAACAUGACUCUUUCCACCCACCAUCCCUGGACCUUCCUCCUCACCAACUACACUGGUCCUUACAUCAGGCCAGACGAAGUGAACGAGGGUUGUAAAGUGCAAGGCGCCUCGCUCGGGGAGUUCGGGGUGUACCAGCUCAACCUGACGGAGGCAGGAAACUGUACCUUUUCUACCCUUAAGGACCCCGUCUUCGAGUACGGAGCCUUCGUGAUAGCGGUGGCAGUGUACGCUGGCCUGGGACUGUUAAUAGCGGCAGCGACGGUUGCCCGCCGAUGGUAUUCCAACAAGUAUUCCGCCAGGAAAGACGACGGUUCUCAGGUGGAGCUACAGAUGACAUCAUCGACCCUCAGCACGAGUGAGCCAGCUAAGGCGGCCGUCAACAAGCCCCCAGCGAGAAUCAGAGUCAAGUCCCUCGACACCUUCAGAGGGAUGAGCAUAGUGUUGAUGAUCUUCGUUAACUACGGCGCUGGUAACUACUGGUUUCUGGAACACUCUACCUGGAACGGCCUGCAGGUGGCCGACCUCGUCUUCCCCUGGUUCAUGUGGAUUAUGGGUGUGUGUAUACCGAUGGGUCUACGCUCAGCACUCAAGCGCAAGACCCCCAAAUACAAGAUCUUCCUGAGGAUACUGAAGCGCGCCAUCAAACUCUUCAUACUGGGGAUCAUCCUUAACUCAUUAGGAGGGUGGAUCUACCUGGACAAGUACCGUAUCCCCGGGGUCCUGCAGCGCUUCGCUAUCACCUACUUGGUCACUGCUGGCAUCGCCCUGGCCUUCACUCCUGAGCAACCUCCCCAGUACCAGAGUGACGUGGGGAUCAUCAUGUCUGACGUGAUACAGAUCCUGCCUCAGUGGGCCGUCCACCUGCUCAUCGUUAUGGCCCACACUCUCAUCACCUUCCUCCUGCCCGUCCCAGACUGUCCAACGGGUUACCUGGGUCCUGGAGGAGUGGCGCUGAUGGACAAUGGCACAGCAUUGCCGCAGUGUGUGGGAGGCGCUGCCGGGGAGGUCGACCGCUGGCUGCUCACCUCCGCCCACCUCUACCAGAAUCCCACAGCCAAGGUGAUCUAUGGCUCGGCUGCUUUUGACCCCGAGGGAGUCCUGGGGUCAAUGACGUCCAUCUUCCAAGUGUUCUUAGGACUGCAGGCGGGGAUGGUGCUGCAGGCUCACAAGAGUCACCGAGGUCGUGUGUUGCGAUGGCUGGUGUGGUCGGUGGUGCUGGGAGCCCUGGGUGCUGGCCUCUCUGGGGCCUCCAUGAACGACGGAGUUAUCCCCCUUAAUAAGAACCUCUGGUCUCUGUCCUACGUGUUUGUCACGUCUUGUUUUGCCUACUUCCUGCUGGCGAGCUGCUACUUGCUGGUAGACGUCUGGGGCUUUUGGAGUGGAGCCCCCUUCUUCCAGGCAGGAAUGAACAGCAUCUUCCUGUACUGUGGACACAACGUGGCGUACAACUUGUUCCCGUGGCACUACAUAGUGGGGAACAUGAACACCCACUUGGCCCUACUGACGGAAUGCUUGUGGGGCACCACACUAUGGGUCCUCAUGGCCUUCUACAUGUACCACAAAAAACAAUUUUAUGCUGUCUAAGACGCCUACACAAUUUACUAUGUUUUUGGUUCAAUAUA